AGGUCAAUUUCGACUUAUGGUGACCCUAUGAAUCAGUGACCUGCAAUAGCAUCUGUCAUGAACCACCCUGCUCAGAUCUUGUAACUUCAGCCACAGUACAAAAGAACAGUUAAAAGCAGUCAGUAGAAAUGAAAAACAACCAGAAAACAGCAUCAUCUCAAUUCACAGAGAAACAAAAAGCCAGGGAAAAUAAAAUAAAAAAAGAAAAGGUCAUUGCCUUGUGAAGAAGCAUCCUGUGCAUUAUGAGCUCAACAAAUGCAUGUUCCAAACCAGGGCUUCUCUUUAGAUGGGGCCUCACUGUCAAUCUCCCUGUCCUCAAUCUCCACGCUGUUGUUGGGGAGAUCUUCAUCCAUGAGCUGGAAAAAGAGGGCUUUAAGGAUGCCUUUCCCCCGUCCAUGGAUCAAAAUGAACCGUCUGACGCUCCAGUCACCUUCCACGCCAAUCUUCUGCAUCACCCCGACUUGCCUCGCUGGCUGCGCUACAUUCAACGCACCCCCUACCAGCCAGGAUAUCUCUAUGGGUCCGCCACCAAGCAAGAUGUUGGCAAGCAGACAAUUGAGGUGAAGGCAUAUAACAGGUACACCUAUGAGACUGUGAGGCAAACAGUGAACAUCAGCAUUGUCAAAUCUUCAGAAGGAGAAAUGCCAUAUCAAGCUGACUUCUUCGUGAAGAACUGGGACGUGGAGGAAGUGCUACCUACAGAUGUCCAAGAACUUUUUCAGCAAGCUGUGGACAGCAUGUGGGAGCAAGAAGGAUUGACUGUCAUCAAUAUUACCUCAGCCUUGGACCGGGGAGGCCGCGUACCUUUGCCAAUUGAAAACCGGAAGGAAGGAGUUUACAUCAAGGUGGGCUCCAAAGAUCUGUUCACUGAAUGCUUAACAAAGACCAAGUCCCCUGACAACCUUUACCGGUGUAAGCUGCAGCAACAGCCAGUCAUUACCUGCUAUGACAGCUUCAGACCCCAAUUCCAAAUUGACUGGUGCAACCUGACCUUGAUAGACCUCACAAGGAUAAACGCCACAGAAACGAUGCCCAUCUAUGGAGAUGGGGUGCUUGAGGAAGGCAGCGAAUUCAAUCCUCCGGAUGUUGCCCCCGACAGGAUGUUCCUCUGUGACUUCUUCCUGACUUUCCUCCUCCCCUUCCUCUUGGGCCUUCUCCUCGCUGUCAUCCUGGCCUACAUCAUGUGCUGCCGACGGGAAGGCGUGCAGAAAAGGGAUAUGAAGACCUCAGACAUCCAGAUGGUGCAUCACCACACAGUCCAUGACAACACAGAGGAACUGAGGCAGAUGGCCAGCACCCGAAACGUUCCCAGGCCCCUCUCCACUUUGCCCAUGUUCAACAUCCGCACAGGCGAGAGGACCAAUCCCAUGCAAAGUGGCCACCUUGACAGUGCCCAGGUGCCUCUCGUCCUGGCUCAGCAGUGAACCUUUGCCAGGCCAAAUCCAGCUAGACUGUGGAGAAUGUUCCCACCAAAGUCUUCUCUCAAUACUGACACAACAAUUUUCAUCGAAACUUGGAAUAGUGGAUUUUGCUUUGCUGCUUGUAUCCACAUUGAUAAUUGUGGUAACUGGGAUUGGGGUGUGUGUUGUUUGGUCACUCUUUGUACAGGUUUGUAGGGUUAACUUUAAGCAUUUUGGCUACUAGGGCAAAAAUAUUUUUGUUGUUGCUAUGUAUCUGAGUGGUGGUAAGUUCAGGACUACUAAUGCUGCAUGUUGGAGAGAACUGGCCUUCUCGUUGUGAACUGAACUUUCCAGAAUUCUGUGGGAAAAGUCAUGACAGUUAAGACCUCUUUGAGUCUAUAGUGAAUGUGAUCAAAGAACCCUUUUUUACCAUCUUGCUCCUUGGAGUGAUGAAAAGUUGAACCUCCUCCUUUGUAUUGUUUUCUUUCCCCCAAUUCAUAGCCUUCGGACGUUUGGAUUGCUUGAUACUCUUGAACUUCUAAUACCACUGUGAUGGGUUUAUGUUAUCCAUUCUAGGACUCUGAUUAAGUUGCAACUUGGAAGACCAUCCAUAAAUCUGAGUGAAAACAAAAGUUAGACAAAAAACUCAACCCAUAAGGCUAUAGCCCAACCAAACCACCACCACCAAAGCCAGCCCAAAUUUCAUGGCCUUCCAAAUCUUCCAAAAGGGAGCUAAUUUUAACUGUGUUGGUACCAAUAAGAACUUCUUAACUGUCAGCUGAGCCAAAACAGCACCCUAGUGUUUGCAGCCCUGUUCACAGGCAAUGAAAAGAGGUCUCUACUUUCAACAAGGGCAGGACUGUGGUGGAAAGAGCUGUAAACAGGGCUGCAAAAGUUUGUCCAGUUUACCUAGACAAUAGAGACAGUGGGCAAGAUGCACUUCACUUCCACCCUUGCUCAAAAUCCAACAUGUGUUCCCUUUCCCGACCAAUUCAGACUGAGAGCAAUAUGAUUCAGGAAGCAUUGCCCUCACUCUGAUACAUUUACCUUCAGGGUAGUUGUUGCAAAGCCAAUCUGAUGAGUUCUUUGGUACUGUGAUGUCAUCACAUUCAUAAUGUGAUCCCAGAUUGGCAGGGAUCAUGUGGUGAGGAAGAAGCCAUGAUUACAGGAAAAAUGGUACCUAAGCCAGCUGAUCAGAAGGCCAGCAAAAGCUGGGCAAACACAUAUGAAAGGUAAGCUUUUGUUGUGGCCUUUCAGAUAACUUUUUGUUUCCUGCAAAAGCCUCUUUUCUACACCAAAAUAUUCACUCAAAAAUAUUUGGUGCAGCCCUGUCCUAUCUAUAAGGAUAGGCUGGCCAUGGAAGAAGAAGCUAGUAUGUAUGUACACAUGUGAUAUGGGAGAGUCCAUGGAAUCUUUUCUAAAUGGUAUCAGGAAAUAUGGAAAUUAGCCCUUAUGGAAAAACUAACACAUAGCUCAAAAGCUAUGAGACAAGGAACAGAUGCAGACAAGUUCUAUAAACAAUGGUAUAGCUUUAUUGUUUUUGUUAGUCAAAGUGAUGGGGCUUGCAAGCCUCCAACCUCGCAUGGUCAGAUUCGGCGGUCCACAUUGGGAUAAUUAUCUGGAAAACAAUUUAGGACAAUAACCAUUUAAUAUAUGCUUACCUCCUUAGAGCAUUAUAGGUACAAUAACUCCUUUUGUCAACUGCACUAUUUUCUCUCACUGUUGUAUAAGUUAUUCUUGUUUUGUAUUCUAUUCUACCCAAAACCAAUAAAAACAUUAUUAAAACAA